CCCCGGAAUAAACCAGAUUUUUCCGGUAUUAUCAAGAACAAGAUCAAGAAAGAAACAGGAAGAGUUCACUAGAAGUCUUAUUUUAAAAGCUCAGCUUAAGGAUGUCAAGCAAUCUAGCCAAGUGUGAUGCCCAAUCGCAAAACGAAGAUGAGUACAUAAGCCGCUCGAUCAGUGGCCUAGCAAGUUCAGCUCCAGUUGAAGAAAGACAGGACAGCCAUGAUCAUGUUCCGUCCAGAGGAGCCGCUCAAGAACCUGUAUUGACUGUUGGCCAGGAUCAGGUUGAGAAUGGACACCCCAAGUUUUUUGGGGAGAGUACUGGAUAUGGUGUAAAAACACCCACCCCUCAAGUGUUGGAGGCCGAUUUUGAACAUCUCACAGUAUGCCCCAACAAAGAUGUCCAAGAAGUCAACAUGAAAGAUCAAAAGCCGGAGGCAGUCUUUCCAACUUUGCAGCCAUCUAAAGAGUCUGUUCAAACUGUGAAAAAUGUUGAUGAGGUGAAUUCUGAAUCUCAAGAUCCGCAGCUUGUCCUCACUACACAAAACCCAAUACUACUAGAGGGACAAGCGCAGUCACCAGUUUUACUACUUGCUUCGCUGACAGUGUCUUCCAAGCACCACAAAAGAGGUGUUCGUGUUCAGCAAUCCCCGGUUCCCAGAUUUGAAGCCAUUUCUGUCAACUCGAGUGAACUCUCUAAUACAGGUGUUCAGCAAUCCCUGGUUCCCAGAUUUGAAGCCACUUCUCUAAACUCGAGUGAACUCUCUAAUACAGGUGUUCAGCAAUCCCCGGUUCCCAGAUUUGAAGCCACUUCUAUCAACUCAAGUGAACUCUCUAGUACAGGUGUCCAGCAAUUGCCGGUUCUGCCCAGAUUUGAAGCCACUUCUCUAAACUCGAGUGAACUCUCUAAUACAGGUGUUCAGCAAUCCCUGGUUCCCCGAUUUGAAGCCACUUCUCUAAACUCGAGUGAACUCUCUAAUACAGGUGUUCAGCAAUCCCUGGUUCCCCGAUUUGAAGCCACUUCUCUAAACUCGAGUGAACUCUCUAAUACAGGUGUUCAGCAAUCCCUGGUUCCCCGAUUUGAAGCCACUUCUCUAAACUCGAGUGAACUCUCUAAUACAGGUGUUCAGCAAUCCCCGGUUCCCCGAUUUGAAGCCACUUCUAUCAACUCGAGUGAACUUUCUAGUCUUGAAGUGAAACCUAACCAUACAAAUAGCCAACAGUUCCAUUCCCAAUCAAGGGCUUACAAUAAUGAGGAUGGUCAAACAAACACAAUAACUAAGCACCCACAGCAAGUUGUUGAUGAAAACCAGAGAAGCUGGGGUUUCAUGGACUUGUUUAAAAAACAACUUCAGUACAAUCGACCAACUCGUUGCGAUAAAGUGGAGUCUGAUAGUCUCAUUACAAACGUGGAGGCCGGACAGUUCCCUCCCUUUGAAUUACUCGACAAAGAAGCUGGACUCCUCAUCUUUAGCACUGUGAGAAAUCUAAUCGCUGGAGAGGUUUACAUCAAGCCACAAUCGGAGCAUUAUAAGGACCCACUGGGGAGAGGAGGGAAUGGGCGAGUUAUUCAGUUUCCUCUCCGCGAUACAUCGUAUGCAGUCAAAGUGACCCGGUAUCGUGAGAACGAACUUAACAUUUGGUCGACCCUCCAUCAUCCAAACAUUCUCCCUCUCCUAGCCGUGAUGAUUGGAGAACAGCAUGGAAACUGCUACCAAUUCAUGCCAAAAAUGUCCGGAGACCUUCGCUCAAUGAUGAUCAAUCGUGGUGACCUUUUAACACUAUUAAAAAAGCAGCCACAGAAGAGGGAGAUGUUCCUUUCAAAUUUGAAGUAUACUUUGGCUGAGAUUUGUAAGGGAUUGGUGUAUUUGGACCGACAGAGGGUGCAGCACGGUGACCUCAAAGCUAGCAAUAUUCUGGUCCAGAAGGAGUGCAGUUGUGUUGGUAUUCUCCAUUGCACAUGUGUUGACAAGGAUAAGUACACCCUCAAAAUAUCAGAUUUUGACUGUGCAAAACAAACCAAAUUUGCACGGAAACCCAAUCAGUUUUCCGUGUGUGAGACAAGCAUGACCGAUCUUCAAAUGGAGCGUGUGAAAGGGACACGUUCUUACAGAGCUCCUGAACAAUUCAAACUAUGUCCCGGUCGAGAUGAGUAUAAGAAGACUUUGAUCGAUGGCAAGAUCCUCUAUGACGUGGAAGGUCCGUGGUGUGAUAUCUGGAGUAUGGGUGUGAUUUUGCUUAAGAUGCUGGGCAAAGAACAGGCUAUUCGUGAGGCUUGUAUGCUGACCAACCGCAAAAGCAACAGUAUGCAUCCCAGUAUUGAGCCAACGUCUGCAAGUAUUUGCCUGAUUGAGUUGUUGAAAACAUGCUUGGAUCAACCAGAGUUGAACUCCCUUGUUAAAGUAGCAAGUGAAUGCCUUACAAUUGACUUUGCAAAGAGGCCUACAGCUGAAGAGGUUAUGGGCAUUCAUUAGUUCGCCACUAUACUGUGAGAAGCUCCGUUAUAUAUUUGUAACUGGACUUACAAUUUUUAUAGAAGAAAAGUACACUUUUAUACUUUUAUACUAUUUGUAUUUUCUAAAUAUAUAAAGUACACUUUUAUACUAUUUGUAUUUUCUAAUAUAUAAAGUACACUUUUAUACUAUUUGUAUUUUCUAAAGUACACUUUUAUAUUUGGAUUUUUGAUGUGAUUUUAAACUCUC